CUCUUCUUCCCGAAAAUCUCCAUUCCCCGUCCCAUCACAUCCCGUCGUCACAUCCCCCCCUGGUCAAGAAGGGAUCCGCGAUACCUCCGCCAUCCUGCCUAGCGAACCACUGCGGGUUGAUGUGCGUACAUACCUACUGUAACUCCCGCUACCCCUCUGUGCUCCGUACGCAUACAGACAUGAGCGAUGACUCUAUUGCGCAGCUGCGCCCACGAGGCACCCAGCAACCGGCCAGCCCUACAUAGCCACUACCGAUGCGGUACCUCUGGAAUGUUGCUAAUCUCCUUGGGUCUCGGAGACUGUUCCAGGUACCAUUUUCGUUUUCAUUUGGUGCCCCCCUCCCCUGCCCUGCACCCGCUCUCCCUUUGCAUAAUU